AUGGACAAUUGGGUUAAAGAAAAACUUGAAAAGUGGAAUCUUUCCUGCUUGAAAGAUGUUUUUGAAGAAAAUAUGAUUGACGAGGAGGCCUUUCUCAUUUUAAACGAAGAAACCUUGAAGGAGAUGAAGAUUCCUAUUGGACCACGAAUCAAACUAUUGAAAAAAUCAAAUUUCAGUAAGGGAUUCAUGAAAGCAAUAACUGAGCAUUGCCCAAGUAAAGAUGAUGUGCUGAAAGACUUUCAUGAUGAUACUUUCUGCAAACAACACAGAUUUUUUUCUAAAGAAAAUACCGUCAAGCUACUUCUGUUUGUUGACGAUUGUGAAGUGGCAAACCCAUUUGGAUCGAAGGCUGGUUUGCACAGAAUAACAAAUGGUCUACUUCAUUAUAUUGAAUUUACCACUAAAGCUUCGUUCCUCUCUAACUGUUUUCUAUUAUCAUUAUUCAAUGCUGGUGAUUUUAAAACAUAUGGUUAUACACCUUUUUUGCAACUACUUGUUGAUGAUGUAAAGUUUCUUGAAAAGGAAGGAGUCUUCAUUAGCACCGAUCAUUUCGAAGGAACUGUUUAUGCAGGAAUCACACAAAUAACCUGCGAUAACCUUGGAGUGAAUGGUAUUUUAGGAUUUCUGGAGAGUUUUGUUAGUAAUCAUUUCUGUAGACAUUGCAACAUGCAUAGGAAUGAAAUGCAAAGAAGUUCAACCGCUUGCCAGGAGCAACUUCGUACAUUCAUUAAUUAUGAAGAGCACUUGCAACUGAACAGUUACGCAGAAACAGGCAUUAAAUCACCUUGUGUUUUGAACGAAGUAGAAAACUUUCACGUCACCUCUAACUAUGCACCAGACGUUAUGCACGAUCUUCUAGAAGGUGUUUGUGGGCUCGAAGUGCAUCUCGUACUAGCACAAUUAAUUCGGGAAGGCCUUUUUGAUCUUGAUUUGUUAAAUAGCCGCAUCACUAGCUUUGAUUAUCCAACAACCGACUUAAAGAACAAGCCAAGCCCAAUUUCAAACAGUAGACUGCAACAACCAGACGGUGCAUCCGGGCAAACUGCUGCACAGAUGUGGUGUCUGUUUCGGAACCUUCCUCUUCUCAUUGGUGACAAAGUUCCGGAAGGACAUCCAUUCUUUGAACUUUUACUUAUGCUUUUAGAUUGCAUGGAUUUCAUAUUUUGUCCUGAGAAUAUAAAAUCGAUUUUGGAAGAGUCCGAAGUUGGUGCUCAAGUGAUUUGCGAACUGGAUAUGGAUAAAUUAAGCAGAAAAAGCAGAAUCAAGAUGGUUCAGAUACUAGUGGCUUACAUAAUUAAUCAGUUUGGAGAAAGACAAACAUUAAGAAAGUACUUGAAAAGAUGA